UGCUUCUGAUUUGGCGCUCUCUAACUCCCGGGGAAAAUGUUCCACAGCAGGAGUGGAAUUGGAAUGUACGAGUACGAUCUCGAGUUCGAUGUUUGCACAACGGCCGAGCGCUUCCACGACCUGCAGUUCGCUUCCUGGAGUACUCCACCUCCGCAGCAAAUGGAGAAACAGAUUUCCGUGGACCCAGUGUCGCUGAGACUGCCACCGAUUGUGACGGCGGCUCCAAAGAUUCCGCCGCCGCCGCCUCUCAUCAGCUGCAGCCUUCCAAGCCCGCGGUUCGGGUACUGGCUGAAGAAGAAAUUCAAGAAUGAAAGCCAGGCCUCCCCCCGUCAAAUCGACGGCCGCCGGAAAGGCUCGACGGUUUACCCUCGUCGUCAUAACCAUCCCCGGAUCAAGAUGGAGCAAGAAAUUCACUUGCGGCGGAGCAAGUCGUGCGCCGAAGGGAGAUCGAGCGGGGUCGACGAGCUCGACAUUUGGUUCAGGAAUCCCGGCGAACCCACCACCACCGAAUCCGACACCAACGCCUCGCCAAUGGCCGGGAAGAAGAAACGCGAGGUGGAUAUGGACAACGAUGAUGACGAAUUCAAAUGUGGCGCGCUCUGUUUGUACCUCCCAGGAUUCGGCGGCGGCGGCGGGAAGACGACGAAGCCGAUGAGGGAGAGGAAGGCGACGGUGGAAUCGGGGGCGGCGACGGCGGUGAGGGAGAGCGUCAUUUCGAGGACGGUGUCUCUGGAGAAAUUCGAGUGCGGUUCGUGGGCUUCGUCGGCGUUCAUCAACGACGGAGGGGAGUCCACGCGUUUUUACUACGAUUUGCCGAUGGAGCUGAUUAAGACCGGCGGGAACGGGACUAACUCGCCGGUGACGUCGGCGUUUGUGUUCGAGAAGGACCGGAGAGGGGCAUUGAAUAGCUGUUCGGCGCGGAGGAAGUCUCACGAGUCGUCAUCCAGGCACGUCCGGUUUUCUUCGUCGUCGUCGUCUUCGACUUCCAAUCCUUCGUCGCCGGCGGCGUGCAUCACGCCCCGGUUGCGAAAGGCGAGGGAGGAAUUCAACGCCUUCCUGGAAGCGGAAGCAAGGAGCGCUUGAUUCACAGUUGCUUGCUGCCUACAAUUUUUCUCUCUUUCUCGUUUUGUAUACGCUUAUGGGCUUUUCUAUGUCUAAGGAAUUGGGCUUCAGUGCGGAAAGGAAGGAGUUGAGAAGCCUUUCAUGGGCUUCGUUGGGCCUUUAGUAAGUCGUUUCACUUAUAGUAAGUCUUAGUUUGGGCAAAAUUAUAAACAAACUUUUUACUUUAGCUCGUGGUUUCUGAAAUUAUUCUUCUGGUCUGAACUAUGUACCAUACUUUCUUAUUUGGCCUGGAGGCGGGUUUGACCAUCAAAUUGGACGAUCAACAGAAUUGAGUCAAUGACCAUCUCACUUGCCACGUUAGCAAAGAAAUAAAAAAAUUAUUUUUAAAAUUUUUAGAAUAUUUUUCCUUUCUAAUCAACAGUAUAAUUUAUA